UAUAAUACGAUUUUUAUAAAAUUGCUAAUCAAAGUCGAGACACAUUCAGCUCUUUCUCACGAGUUAACGAUUUGUUGUUACACGAUAAUAAAAUACGGAAUGUACCUGAAAAACUUGCUAAUCAUUUAUAUUGUUCCACAGGAAAAAUUGAUGCACUAGCAAACUAUAUUCUACAUAUUAUUCGGAAGAAGAAAUCUCAAAAUGGAAGAUGUACAAUAUCACACACAUGAACGCGACAGAUGCGUUCGAAAGCGACGCAUCAGAAGAAAAAUAAAAUUCCUUUCCUCAUCUUAACAUUUUUUUCACUUUUCCAUCUAUCUAUUCAUUCAUAAUAAAACCAUUUCCGACAAUUUCAUGAAAUGGAUGUAUUUCGGGAAAUAACGGCAUGUUGAGAGCACCGUGCAAGUAUCGUGUUCCUACAAUAAUGGAAUGGAAUGACGAUGUGGCGUACGCUUUGACUCCCCUCAAACUCUUAUCUAUGCCAUUAGGCUACUGGCCCCUGCAGAAAAAUAAUAUGUUCGAUCUACUGCGGUAUAGCCUGGCCGUCACCAGUAUGGCCUGGGUAGUGAUCGUCGUCAACAUCGAAGUCUAUUACAAUUGUAUCGAUCCGUACGCAAAGAUUGACGCUGUUUUGCUCUCUACUUGCGGUUUUUUGGCAUUAUUGAAGAUAACGUGGUUUCGUAUAUACGCCGACAACCUAAUUAGCAAUUUCAACUCCGCCAUCAACGAUUAUCUCACGAUUGAUAAUGAGAAGAAGCGCGUCGUUAUGCGACGGCACGCAUUUAUGGGCAGAGUGAUUUGUUACAGUGUCGUGUGUAUCGCUAAUGUCGCUUCGGUGUUCUACAUAUCUUUGCCUCUGAUGAAUGUUUCAGUAAACGGUUCCGCCGUAGGUUUCGAAAGGAAAUAUCCGAUUCCCUCAACAUGUACAUUAGGGACUUUGAACAUUUCUGGGACUUUGCACAUUAUACUAUAUGUGAUGCAUAGUAUUAUGUUAUUCAUCAUGGGCUCUGGCAAUAUUGGCGGUGAUUCUUUCUUCCUCGCGAUCACGGUACAUUUAUGCGGACAAGUGCAACUUCUGAGAGACGAGAUCGUCAACUUCGGUGUGAAAGGCUCGAAUCCGUGUGAAGAGUUUUCGAAGAUAUUGACAAGACAUCAACACCUGUUGUAUCAAGCAUCGCUCCUGGCAGAUACGAUUAGCUUCGUUUUAAUGGUACAAUUGCUCAUCAGUUGUGUCCUGAUUUGUGUAACCGGUUUUCAGUUUAUCCUGGCAUUGAAAGUGGGUGACAUGAUCAUGAUAUUUAAAACUCUAACGGUGCAGACUACUCUAUUGACACAAAUGUUUGCUUAUAGCUGCGUGGGAGAUUACAUGAAGUAUCAAAUCGAAGAAAUAGCACAUGCAAUUUUCAGCAGCAAUUGGUACUGGUUAUCAUUUAAACUAAUGAGAAACAUCUUAUUUGUUAUCGUACGAUCACAAAAACCUAUUCAAUUAAUGGCUGGUAAAUUUCUCGUCAUGAACAUGGAGACUUUUAUGAGUAUAAUAAAAACCUCCCUUUCGUAUCUAUCUGUGCUACGUGUAAUGGUGGAAAUGUAGAACGCGAAUAAUCGACGAGAGGAUUAGAAAAAUAAUGUAAGCACAUCUAAGCAAUAUCAUGAUUCUCGAAGGAAGAAAAAGAAAAUAAUUCUUAUAUCUGUGUAGGGAUAUAAGAUAGCAAGGCUUCAUAUGCAAGACUGUAUGUGUGAGAGAGGGAAAGUGUUUAUGUUGGCAAACGAGAAACAUCAGAGAAUGAUCCGCACGAGGUUGGACAACACGAUAAAGUUGUCGGCGCGAGUGCAAUACGCUUCAAAAGACAGAUGCGGUACAAUUAAUUUCUGCCGAGUGGUAUGAGCGUGUAAAGAGUAUAUGUGUGAAUGUACCAUAUAGCUAUAAAAGUGCAAUUGCAGUCCAAGUCAGUUUUAGUUUUUGUCUUGGCACAGAUGAGAGAGAGAGAGAGAGAGAGAGAGUGUGUGUGUGUGUAGUAUUUCUCUAGAAAGCCUAUUAACCAUAUUUGCUACCCGUCAAUAAAGCCUUUAUUAAACAUCCUACAUCUGUAUAGUCAAGUGAAAUAAUUAAAUUUUUAAGCAGU